UUGGCUCCCUUUGCAGUGAGGAAGAAAAAGAGAUGAGCGUGGAAGAUCUUCCGCGGAAGGAGGCCAACGUGCUUAAGGGUCACGAGGGUGCGGUGUUGGCGGCGAGGUUCAACUCCGACGGCAAUUAUUGUCUCAGUUGCGGCAAAGACCGUACCAUACGCCUCUGGAAUCCCCACCGUGGAAUCCACAUCAAGACCUAUAAAUCCCAUGGUCGCGAGGUUCGCGAUGUCCACGUCACGCCUGACAACUCCAAGUUGUGUUCGUGCGGUGGAGAUCGACAGAUAUUUUAUUGGGAUGUCGCAACUGCACGUGUAAUUAGAAAAUUUCGUGGCCAUGAUGGUGAGGUAAAUGGUGUAAAGUUCAAUGAGUAUUCAUCUGUUGUAGUCUCAGCCGGAUAUGAUCAAUCGUUGCGUGCUUGGGACUGCAGAUCCCACAGCACUGAGCCAAUUCAGAUUAUUGAUACAUUUGCAGAUAGUGUGAUGUCUGUCUGUUUAACAAAAACUGAAAUUAUCGGAGGAAGUGUUGAUGGAACUGUUCGAACAUUUGACAUUCGUAUUGGCAGAGAAAUAUCUGAUAACUUAGGGCAACCUGUCAACUGUGUAUCAAUGUCAAAUGAUGGUAAUUGCAUUCUAGCUGGUUGCUUGGACUCUACUUUGCGCCUCUUGGACAGAUCCACGGGUGAACUACUACAAGAAUAUAAAGGACACACUAGUAAGUCUUACAAAUUGGAUUCCUGCCUUACCAAUACGGAUGCUCAUGUAACUGGUGGCUCAGAGGAUGGCUUUAUUUAUUUCUGGGAUCUUGUAGAUGCAUCUGUUGUUUCGAGAUUCAGGGCUCAUACGUCAGUGGUAACAAGUGUUAGUUAUCACCCAAAGGAAAACUGCAUGGUUACUGCUUCUGUGGAUGGCACCAUUCGAGUAUGGAAGACAUAAGAACAAAAUGCAAGCACCAAGCUUAUCUGGUGUGUCGGCGCGGCCCAUACCAAUGCCAAAUAGCGUAACGAUUAUUACAUGUCCAAUUUGCAAUUGGAAUCCACAGACACGAUGUUCCUUCAAGUUAUUUAUAUGUAUAUUCUUCGGCAGGUUUGACCUACAUGUGCUUCUCAUGUGGAAGAUGGUAAACGAGGUGCGAGUCUGUUCGGUGCUGCAUCUCUGAUAUACGGUCAAAUCACAAACAGUUUUUGUCACCCAAGAGGGGUUGCGUACUGUGUAACACUUGUAGGGAAAAUGAGUUUUCUUCUAUCCAUUACGUUGUGAAAUAUACACAGUUCAUCCUAUCCAUAUUUCAUCUGUUCGUUAAUUAUGUGGUUUUCAAUCUUGGUUUUACUAAUGUAGUUGGUGAACAAAUAGCUGUGAUGCUGUUAUGUAGCUACAAAUCUAUGCUUUUAUCCUUGGCUGGUGUUUUUCCAGUGAUCUAACCAGUGUUCCAAUGAUGAAAGCAGACAGCGAAGACUUGCAG